GUAGAUAUGGUCAAACUCAACCUUAGUGACGUCUAAAUUCUCCUGGUGGCAUUCAGCGAAUGGGGGUAUUGGUAUUCCCAUCGCUCUUGCAUCAUGUUUUUGCAUCCCUCGGAGGUUUCGCAGCGCCAUUGACGGCACAUGUGUUCAGUUAUAAUACUGGUAUGUAUGUCGGUUUCAGGCAAGUUGCCUGUCCGCAAUGUCUCCCUCCCAGGUUCCCCGCCCCGUCCAUGUCUUGUCCCCUGACCUUGUCAGUGUACUCGAGGAUCGCGUAGGGGCUACAAUGCUAGCUGUCAUCAAGAAGAAUAAACACACCCGUUGCUUUUCCGAAUCUCCUGCCUUUGCGGCAUUUCACAGUGCGACACACAAUUUUGGGAGGGAGGAUAACGACGACAUUUCGGAUGAUAUCCUUCUGGAUACCAUUCGCACUACAAUCCUGUUAACGACCUACAACUCUUACGAGCCCUUCGUGGCCAAAAUCCUUUCAGAAACUUGUCAGGAGGACGAUGUUCGAGAUAUGUUCUCGCCCGGUUUGCCUUACCACAUAGCGGUUGCGAGCUCGACCUCGAGUCCAAAGCCAAAGUUUUUCUGCCAGUACCUACAUGAAAGCUCAAUGCGCUAUGGUGGUGGUAACGGAGGAGAGAUCUUCUGGACCUUUUCUCUCCAUUACCGUCAGUUAGUGAAAAUCCAAAAUCGCAAUGGAGACAUCAUUAGGACAAUCCCUGCUGCCAUGGGGUCUUCUGAGAUGGUCCGUCUGCGGAAUGGUUUGAAAGUGGAAAAUGAUCACUUGAAUAUCAUGUUAGCGGCGGGAGAGUGGGCCACCUCUCCGGUUGCUGUCGAUUUUAUCCCGCGAGUAUCGCACAUUCCUACUCACGCACACUCUUCGCACUCACAUAUAGCAAGGUUGAGACGAUAUUUAUGGUGUUUACUAUGUCCGCAGUCGAUAUGAUACGGUAUAUGGAAGAAGAGUGGGAAACCCUGGUUGCUUUCAUUGAGACAGGUGAACUCCCCCCUGGGAUGGGAUCAAAGACGUCUGGAAAUACCUUAAAGUAGUCAUUUCCCUACCAGUUGGCAAUUGUUCCUGGACGCCGUCAGGCCAGGUCUGUAAACUCUUUGUUGCCAACAAUCAUUCAGCGCUUUAGGACC